AUGCAUAGGCAGCACCAUAUGCUAAAUGUUGGCUUCCAGAUUGGCUCAGCUGCACGAUAUACGUUGGCCACUCUAGGGCGCAAUGGCGACAUCGUCGUGGAUGGGCCAAGUAUCUCCCGAAUUCAAUGCUCAUUUGAAAUUCUCCCGGAGUAUGAUGUCGUGAUGCUUUACGAUGAGUCAACAUCUCAAACCACCCAGGUUUUUGGUGACGAAGCUACGCCGUUCAGGCCUGGAUGCAAGCGUAAGGUCGUCGUUGGCGAACGGUUCAACAAGAUCAUCGGCAUGGGUGGUAUCGGCUGCGAUCAAGUUCAAUUCGAAAUGGUAUGGCAUCGGGCUAAUUUCAAAGGGGAAGAAGAAGCGAAGAAUCGAAUAGAAAGCCCUCUACAGGCUCGAACUAUGGACAACGUACCUACAGUUGUACCCUCGGAAAUCUCUACUUUAAACCAAUGGCCUACCAUAUAA